GAUGGAAUUUGUCAUGUAUAUGUCGACAAAUCAGCUAAUAUUGAUAUGGCAAAACAGAUUAUUAGAGAUGCAAAGACUGAUUAUCCUGCAGCCUGCAAUGCAAUGGAAACUCUUCUUGUACACAAGGAUCUAUCAAAUAAUGGUGCACUUAAUGAGCUUGUCCUUGAACUCCAACGUGAAGGUGUUAAACUGUACGGUGGGCCAAGAGCUAGUGGCUUAAUAAACAUUGUUGGAACAAGCGAUUUGCAUCAUGAGUAUAGUUCACUUGCUUGCACAGUUGAAAUUGUAGAAGAUGUAUUGGAUGCCAUUAACCACAUACAUGAACAUGGAAGUGCUCAUACUGAAUGCAUUGUUACAGAAGAUUGUGAAGUUGCUGAGGCUUUCUUAAGUCAAGUUGACAGUGCUGCUGUUUUCCACAAUGCAAGUACACGAUUUUGUGAUGGAGCACGCUUUGGCCUUGGUGCAGAGGUUGGAAUUAGCACAAGUCGAAUUCAUGCACGAGGUCCUGUAGGAGUAGAGGGUUUGUUGACAAACAGAUGGAUAUUGAGAGGGAGUGGGCAUGUGGUUAAUGGAGAUCAAGGAAUCAAUUACACUUACAAGGAAUUGCCACUAGAAGCAUAACUUUGUAUUUAGAACUUAGUUCAGUUGCAAGCUAAUAUGCUCCUCAAGCAAGCAACAUCUCUGUUUUGUGGUGUUAUGAUAUGCAGAAGUGGCUGAGAUGUUGGCCAUGUAUUGGUAACUAUCACUUGAUCCUUUUUCCAGGGCAUUUUUCUUACCUGGAGCAAGUUCAUGAGAGGAAAUAAUAAUAUGAAUGUUUGUAUUAAAUUAUAUUGCUCUUUAGUGCUCUUUUAUACUAGUGAACUUGAAUAAUUAUGGAGAAGUUUUUAUUAUAGAAAUUCUAAUUUGUUUUAUGUA